GAAGCAGCCGAUCCCAUCACACGCACACUGACACACAGUCACACACCAUCCCGCUCUCUCCAUCGAUCUCCAUCACAAGCUAGCAAAACCAAGAGCCAAGUCGAGCAACACAUCAUACAAUGGCGGGCAUCAACCGCAAGGGCGGCGCGGCGGCGGCGUACGCGGUGGCGCUGUUGCUUGCGGCGGGCGCGGCGGAUGCGGCGGGGUGCAACCCGUCGGCGCUGUCGCCGUGCAUGAGCGCGAUCAUGCUGGGCGCGGCGCCGUCGCCCGGCUGCUGCGUGCAGCUGCGGGCGCAGCAGCCGUGCCUGUGCCAGUACGCGCGCGACCCAUCCUACCGCAGCUACGUCACGAGCCCCAGCGCGCAGCGCGCCGUCAAGGCGUGCAACGUCAAGGCCAACUGCUAAAUUAAACUGCUGCUACUACUCUACUAGUACUAAUGCUUGUGCAGUUUUGCUACUGCUACUGCUAGUAAAUAAACGUGGUUGCCGCUAGCUAGGCAGCCAUGAUCAUUGUGUGCAUGUUUCAGUUCACUGUCACGUAUGUAUGGGGCUAUAUGAAUGAAGUUCUGCUAUGCUUGCUAUCUCUUCAAUGGGAAUCUUGUUGUUAUGUU